AUGCUGGCACCUAGCCUGGCCUCACCAACAGAAGAAGUCUCCGACGAGGAGGAACUUCGGGCUAUUCAAGACGUCGAUGAGACUUUACCGGGAGAAGCCUUCGCCAGAAGUGUUGCGAAAAUGUUGCCUCUAGCACCACCAGACAUUGUAGCACGAUUGGGGACGUUGAACUGCGAUCGAUACAACCACAUCCUACAAUUACAACGAGAAGCAACCCGAGAAGAGAUGGUAACGACUACGAUGGAGAAGAUAAGAGAUACCUCCCAGAAAUCUGGCCUCGAUGUCUCUGCGAUGGCAUCAUCAGCCGCGAAAGUCAAAACAGAGCCUAUCCACGAACCCUCCAUGCUAUCUGAAAGCGGUGAAGCGAGGCAUGAGCGCGCGCCUUCAUUGUCAGUCCGGACUUGCAACAUCUGCGGAAAAGACGUGCGAUUCAAAGCAACCACCGAAUGGAAGAAGCACAUUUAUGAUGACGUUCUGGCGUACACUUGUUUCUUCGCCAAUUGUCCCGACACUCGCGUCUUCUACGAAGACGGUGAGGGUCUCAUGACGCAUCUGAAAGACCGCCACGGGAUGGACGUUCAAAUCUAUGAUGUGACAUGCCCGCUUUGUGUCAAGUUUACUACCGGAGACGAAGAAGUUCUAUCACGCCAUAUAGCGCAGCACAUGGAAGAGAUCGCUGUUGCCAUACUACCUUCUGGUGUUGAUGCUGGCGAAGUGGCAGAAGACGACUUAAGAAGCGACGCUAUAUCAUUGAAAGGAGAUUGGAUACUUCUAAAUGAACGUGCAACGUCUCCGAUGGACGAAAUGCUUCUGAAGCAACGCGAGAUGUCUCCAGUAUAUGAGAAGCUGCAGAAGGAACGUGCAAUAUCUCCUGAGGUCCUCGAGGAGACGAAAUCUUCGAAGAAGGUGGAGCCCAGCGAUCAAAAGCCAGUAUCAAUUCACCAAAAUGAUCAUCUCAAAACCCUGGAGGAUCUACAUCGAGACAAGAGGGGUGUGCGCUACAUUACAUUCAAGUACACUCGCAACGGCGUCAAAACAGUCUACGACAUUCAUCCCGACUUCGAGACAAUCAACUGUGAGCCUUUGUCUCAUGGCGCCAAGCUCCAAAACUGCAUCUAUCCAGGUGCUCUCAUUUCUAGGAAGGGCCACGAGGAUCUGGAUACAGAGAGAGAAUGGAACUCGAUUGGCUGGUCGUUAGCGGAUGCUUAUCCGUCGCUUCGAGGAAAUCGAGGACUACUUCGAAAAGCAGUAGAGACUGUGUUCCGCGUAAGGAAUUUCAAUAAGGGGAAAACCGCUUUUAAUGCCAAGGAGAAAAAGGUGGCUUCAUUGACUACCGAAGACUCGCGGAAGAGAGACCCUUGCAGCGCGUGUACAAGCAUCGGAGGUGGGUGUUUAGUACUCGAGGGUGCUACGCGGUGUGUCCUGUGCGAGCACUACCAACGAGAAUGCGAACUUCCACUCGCAGAGGCUGAGCCGAGCUUCGUGCCACAGUCGCAGGUCAUUUUUCCGCCGGACCACAUUCGCAGGUCGUUGCGAACGACAUCAUCGAAAGAAGAGUCAAACAUGACCUUUAAGCUGGGUCAGCUGGAAGACGCACCAAACUCCGAAGAUUUGAUAGGUCAGCCUCGCUCGAUGUGGUCGCCCGAGAGAUAA